CCCAUCUCAGCCAGGAUGCCAACGAGGCGCUGGGCCCCAGGCACCCAAUGCAUCACCAAGUGUGAGCACACGCGCCCCAAGCCCGGGGAGCUGGCCUUCCGCAAGGGUGACGUGGUCACCAUCCUGGAGGCCUGCGAGAACAAGAGCUGGUACCGCGCCAAGCAUCACGCCAGCGGGCAGGAGGGGCUGCUGGCGGCGGGCGCACUGCGGGAGCGCGAGGCCCUCUCGGCGGACCCCAAGCUCAGCCUCAUGCCGUGGUUCCACGGGAAGAUCUCGGGCCAGGAGGCUGUGCAGCAGCUGCAGCCGCCCGAGGACGGGCUGUUCCUGGUGCGAGAGUCCGCGCGGCACCCGGGCGACUACGUGCUGUGCGUGAGCUUCGGCCGUGACGUCAUCCACUACCGUGUGCUGCACCGGGACGGCCACCUCACCAUCGACGAGGCGGUCUGCUUCUGCAACCUCAUGGAUAUGGUGGAGCAUUACAGCAAGGACAAGGGGGCCAUCUGCACGAAGCUGGUGAAACCCAAGAGAAAGCAGGGCACCAAGUCAGCGGAGGAGGAGCUGGCCAAGGCCGGCUGGUUACUGAACCUGCAGCAUCUGACGUUGGGAGCACAGAUCGGAGAAGGAGAGUUUGGAGCCGUCCUGCAGGGUGAGUACCUGGGACAGAAGGUGGCCGUGAAGAACAUCAAGUGCGAUGUGACAGCCCAGGCCUUCCUGGACGAGACGGCAGUCAUGACGAAGAUGCAGCAUAAGAACCUGGUGCGUCUGCUGGGUGUGAUCCUGCACCAGGGCCUCUACAUCGUCAUGGAGCACGUGAGCAAGGGUAACCUGGUGAAUUUUCUACGGACGCGGGGCCGGGCCCUUGUGAACACCCCCCAGCUCCUGCAGUUUUCCCUGCACGUGGCCGAGGGCAUGGAAUACCUGGAGAGCAAGAAGCUGGUACACCGAGACCUGGCCGCCCGGAACAUCCUCGUGUCCGAGGACCUGGUGGCCAAGGUCAGCGACUUUGGCCUGGCCAAAGCCGAGCGGAAGGGGCUGGACUCCAGCCGGCUUCCAGUCAAGUGGACGGCACCUGAGGCUCUCAAACACGGGAAGUUCUCCAGCAAGUCGGACGUCUGGAGUUUUGGAGUGCUGCUGUGGGAGGUCUUCUCAUACGGCCGGGCUCCGUACCCCAAGAUGUCGCUGAAGGAGGUGUCAGAGGCCGUGGAGAAGGGGUACCGCAUGGAGCCCCCCGAGGGCUGCCCGGGUCCCAUCCACGCCCUCAUGGGCAGCUGCUGGGAGGCUGAGCCCGCUCGCCGGCCGCCCUUCCGCAAACUGGCUGAGAAGCUGGCCCGGGAGCUGCGUAGCGCGGGCGCCUCGGCCCCCAACGGGGGGCAGGAUGCAGACGGUCCCACCUUGCCCCGCAGCCAGGAGCCCUGA